AUGCGUUACCUCUACUUCCGCCCCAACGCACGCCAUGCCCGCCCUCAGCGCCACCCACUCCUCAGUCACCUCGAUGCCUGGUCCUCGCGGGCCCACCUGGCGGAGCUCCACGCCCGCCUCGUCCGCGCCCACCUCGCUCCCGACUCCACCGUGGCGGGCCGGCUCGUCGCGCUCCUGGCGUCACAAGCGGUGGGCCACGACAUGCGCUACGCUCGCAGGGUGUUCGACGGUAUAUCCCAACCUAACACGGCCGUCUGGAACUGCAUGAUCAGAGGGUACACCAACCACGGCGCGGCUUCGGACGCGCUGGCGACGUUCAGGGCCAUGCUUUCGAGAGGAGUCUCCCCUGACAGUUACACCAUGGCCGCAGCUGUGUCUGCGAGCACCGCUUUUGUCAACUGGCAAUGGCGAGCUACUGGAGACGCAGUCCAUGCCAUGGUUCGGAAGAUUGGGUGUGCGUCAGAUCUGUUCGUCAUGUCAGGCCUUGUUAAUCUAUAUGGAACUUUUAGAAGCGCCGAAGAUGCAAGGAAGGUUUUUGUGGAAAUGCAUGAGAGGGAUGUGGUGUCUUGGACGUCGAUGAUCUCAGCUUUUGCGCAAUGUGGUAUGUGGGAUGAUGCUUUGAGGUUUCUUGCUCAGAUGCAGGCAGACGGGAUUAAUCCUAACAAAGUCACAAUUAUUAGCCUGCUUUCUGCUUGUGGGCACGGGCAGGCUGUUGACAAAGGCCGGUGGGUGUAUGGUCAACUUAGUGAAUAUGGCAUUGAGCCUGAUGCGGAUAUAGGAAAUUCAGUCAUUAGCAUGUAUGCGAAAUGUGGAUGCAUGUCUGAUGCCCUGCAAGUAUUUAGGGCUAUGCCUGUGAGAAGUACUAAAUCAUGGAACAUACUGAUUGAUGGAUUUGUGCAAAAUCAGAGGCAUAAAGAAUCACUAACAGUGUUUCAGGAGAUGAUAUCAACUGGCAUAACUCCAGAUGCAGUAACACUUGUAAGUGUCUUAUCAGCAUGUGCUCAGCUUGGUGAUCUCCAGCAAGCGAGGGAUAUCCAUAAUUACAUAAAAGAUCAUGGGAUCCAUUGUGGUACCCUCCUUACAAAUUCUUUGAUUAACACAUAUGCCAAAUGUGGCGAUAUGGCAGCAGCUAACGUGGCUUUCCAGACUAUGAAUCAAAGGGAUGUUGUUUCAUGGACAACUAUGGUUUGUGGUUAUGUGCAUGGGCGUCAAUUUACAGCAGCCUUCAAAUUUUUUGAAGAGAUGAAGAUUGCAGAAAUUGUAGCAAGUGAAAUGGCACUGGUUAGUCUACUCUCUGCAUGCUCACAGCUUGGGGCAAUUGAUAAAGGAAGGGAGAUUCACUCUUAUAUAGAAGAGAAGAAUGUGAGAAAAGAUGUAUGCCUUGAAAGUGCCCUAGUCGACAUGUAUGCAAAAUGUGGCUGCAUCGACAUUGCUACUGAAAUAUUUAGUAAAAUGCAGCAUAAGCAAACCAUCACAUGGAAUUCUAUGAUUGGAGGGUUUUCAAGCAAUGGACACGGGAAACAAGCAGUUCAACUCUUCAACCAAAUGCUAAAAUUUGGACACCCCAAACCUGAUGGCAUUACUUUUAAGGCAGUUCUUGGUGCUUGUGCUCAUGUAGGAAUGGUUAAUGAGGGGCUCCAGCACUUCUAUUCCAUGUUGAGCUUUGCAAUUGUCCCUGAUAUCGAACACUAUGGUUGCAUAAUAGACCUCCUAAGUAGAGCUGGGCUACUAGAAGAAGCAUUUGAGUUCGUCAAGAAGAUGCCAAUAGAGCCUAAUCCUGUAAUUUGGGGAUCACUUCUUUCAGCUUGUAGGUUUCAUCACGAAAUUGAUUUAGCGAGGAGAAUUGGGCAACACAUAAUUAAGUUAGCUCCUAAUGAUGUGGGGGCGCAUGUGCUGAUCUCAAAUUUACAUGCUGAAGGUGGUCAGUGGGAUGAUGUACAGGAAAUAAGAGAGCAGAUGGAAAGCAGGGGUAUAGAGAAGUCUCCUGGCCAUAGCUCCAUCCAAGUAGAAACGCUCAUAAUAUAG